AUGAUCAGCAGGAAAAAGCCAAAAAAAGAAGAGUUCGACGAGGAUGAUUCUGAACAGCAACAAGCACAUCAUCCACCUAGCGCUAAGAAGGUGAAGUUUUCCGCGUCAUUGAUGAAUGAAGAUGAUGAAUAUUCGCUGUGGUUAGUACGAAAACCGAUCAAGGUUUCUUUAAGUGAUUUAUCGGAAUUGAAGUUUCCAACGAUAACCGAACGUCGUACUGAAGUAUUGAAUGGACUAAAAUCAGAGUGUGCUGAAUUGAAAUGUGAAUUUGAACCUACACAAACGCAGAUGUUGUACGUUCCGAUGGACACAGCAAAGGAUUCGAAGGAUUGCAAAGCAGGUAUUGAUAAGUUUGUCUGUUUGUUCUAUCGUUAG